GGGUGUAGACUCCAACAUAGAUUAGAUGUAUAGAAAAUGAAUGAAUGUUUAGAUGAAUAUUUAGAUGAAUUAGACAGGCGCGCGUCACCAAGCCACUAGAUGUCGCUGUGGUCCAAAAACACAAUUUUCAGCGCCGGCCACGAUGGCGAGAAGAAGCGAGACAGUGGGCUCCUUCAAGUGGACUAAGAGUACUACAUUGAUGGACCUCCGAGUCGUACGGCAAUCAAGCGGGGAAACCGGAUUAUGACUGGAGGUCUGGUCGUCCAGAAAGGCCAGAACUACCAAUAACUUUGGUCAGGUUCGGCCUCAGCACCAAGCAGAUCCAGAACGCGAAGGAGGGGACGAGCUGAAAGCAAGAAAGCCAAGAUGAUCAAGACUCCUGCAGCUGUCUGAGGUCGAAUAACUGCAAAGUUGUCGUCGGAGUGACGCCGUUUGGAAACAAAAUGGCUGCCAGGGAGCUGCUCAACCUGUCCGCCAACCAGCGCAUCAUCGGCGGCUUGCUGGUCAACCUGCUGUCCUCCAUCUGCAUCGUCUUCAUCAACAAGUGGAUCUACGUGCAUUACGGCUUCCCCAGCAUGACCCUGACACUCAUCCACUUCGUGGUCACCAGCCUGGGACUUUACAUCUGCCAAAAGUUGGACAUCUUCUCCCCGAAAAGCCUCCCGCUGAGGCGCAUCGUGUGGCUGGCGCUGACCUUCUGUGGCUUUGUGGCCUUCACCAACCUGUCCCUGCAGAACAACUCUAUUGGAACGUACCAGCUGGCCAAAGCCAUGACCACGCCCGUCAUCAUCCUCAUCCAGACCACCUACUACAAGAAGACCUUCUCCACUAAGAUUAAACUCACUCUGGUACCGAUAACCGUAGGUGUGAUUUUGAACUUGUACUACGACAUACGCUUCAACAUGCUGGGGACCGUGUUCGCCACGCUGGGGGUUCUGGUGACGUCCCUCUACCAAGUGUGGGUGGGAGCAAAACAACAUGAGCUCCAGGUCAACUCCAUGCAGCUCCUUUACUACCAGGCUCCUCUCUCGUCAGGCUUCCUGCUUUGCGUUGUUCCUUUCUUUGAGCCCCUGACUGGAGAUGGCGGAAUAUUUGGACCCUGGUCACUUCCUGCUCUGUUGACGGUGUUUCUCUCUGGGUGGGUGGCAUUCCUGGUCAACCUGUCCAUCUACUGGAUCAUUGGAAACACGUCAGCUGUUACCUACAACAUCUUCGGCCACUUCAAAUUCUGCAUCACUCUGAUUGGAGGAUAUGUCCUGUUCCAGGAGCCGCUGUCACUCAACCAGGCUAUGGGGAUCAUCUGUACGCUGGUGGGAAUCCUGUCUUACACUCACAUCAAGCUGGGGGAGCAGCAGGGAAAGAGUUCCCUGGCUCAGAGACCAUAAGCCGACUGAGCUGUCGUCAUCUGCGUGGAUUUCAAUGGGAGACUUUUGAUGAGUCUUUUUUUUUUUUAAAUACAAGGACAUGGAUGCUGACCCAUGGUGCUUUGCUCCAGAAGACUGAAAUCAGGACGCCCUCAGAAGGUCUCCAUGUUCUGAAAACACACCGUUAAUAGCGCAAGCAGGUGCAACAAAAGUUUGGAUGACUGAGGGUAGAACACUUUGUCACAUUUGUCUUCCCUGUUUUCAUGUAAUAAUUGCAAUAAAUGUAUGAAAUAUCAGCGCCUGUAGGCUUUGUUCAAAAUCUUGUGAGUCCGAGACUGGAAUAUUGGAAUUGUCACACACUGAAGGUACGUUUAACACGUUGAUUGACCAAGUGGACAUGUGGAACCGGGAACUGAUUACGGGAUGCACUCAAUUGUAAUCUGAUGCAUGUUCAAAUGAAAUUAAACCAUUUCAA